AUGUCCGGCCACCUGCUUUCUAUCUUGUUUUUCUUGGGACUUUUUCCUCGUGAACAAGGAUUUUAUGUGCCUGGAGUAGCUCCUGUUGAGUUCAAAAGUGGCGAUCCUAUUGAAGUGAAGGCAAUUAAACUCACAAGUACAAAAACUAUUGUUCCAUACGAAUAUUACUACCUUCCAUUUUGUCGUCCUGAUGGGGAUUUAUUGUACAAGUCAGAAAAUCUUGGUGAAGUGAUGCGAGGAGAUCGUAUCGUGAACACUCCGUACCAGUUAUUUAUGAAAAAGGACAUUAUCUGUUCUUCUGCUUGUACGAAGGCUCAACCGGUAGAGGUGAGCGCGUCAGCGGCGAAGAGGUUGAUGGACCGUAUAAAGGAAGAUUAUCACGCUCACUUGCUGGUUGACAAUCUUCCUUCUGCUACAAAAUACGAGGUUCCAAAAACUGGAGAAGUUUUUUAUGACCUUGGCUACAAAAUCGGCUGGGUUGGCGAAGAUGGCAAGGUAAGCGAAAACUUGUAG